GGCUGUGCUACGUGCUCAGCUCACAACACUCGGGCUAUUCUCCCUUACACAUCUCCUAUAUUUGUAGAGUUCACCUGUUCCAUACAGUUUCAUCAAAGACUACUGUGACUCUUCACUGACAGUAGCAGAGCCUUUAUUCGGUUUAUUGGUGGAUGUUGAUAACACGUAUUACAGUAAUUAAUUUUCGUUUUUUUUUAGAGCCGUUCUGCCUAGUAGACUCAUCACUGCGAGGACUUGCUCAUCUUGACAGUCACAGCGUCGUCACAGGACUCCGGGGAGAGCUGACAGAUUGCUCAGCUGGUGUUUCCAGCUGUAUCCUCCGCGCCAAAGCGAGAUACACCGCCAAGGGAGGCUUUAUCUACCGGUUGAAUGUCAUACGAGGCUUUGUAGGACUUAUUUUUAAUUGCCAAGACUCGUUCUCUUUGAUCUACACCUUACUAUUUGGUUGUCAGUAUGGAUUUUCUCCAGGCUCUCCUAUUCCUUUGUCUAUCUGCUAUCCCAUUGUCGGCGGACAAUGCGAGCAGUAAAGCCCGGAGCUGUUCGGAUGUCCGACAGUUCUACAGCAGUAAAGGCUUCACUCUCAACGGGGUGCCACAGACAGAGAUAUCUGGUGAGCACCUUCGGAUCUGUCCCCAGGGGUAUACCUGCUGUACCAGUGCCAUGGAGGAGACCCUGUCCAACCUGAGUCGCAGGGAGUUUGAGGGCCUGGUCAGAGAGGCUGGACGCUCGCUACAGGCCUCUCUCAAUGCACAGUACAGGAGCUUCGACACAUACUUCACAGACCUCCUGAAUAGCUCAGAGCGCUCCCUCCAGGAGUCCUUCCUGGCCAAACUGAGCUCCCUCUACUCCAAGAACGCCCCUGUGUUCCAGGACCUGUACACUGACCUGCGUCGCUACUACCGCGGCUCCGCUGUCAACCUGGAGGAGACGCUCAACGACUUCUGGGCACGGCUGCUGGAGCGCCUGUUCAAGGCCUCCGCCCUCCCACAGUACACUCUCACUGAUGACUACCUGGAGUGUGUGGCCAAGCAGACGGAGACCCUGCGGCCCUUUGGGGAUGUUCCCCGCGACCUCAAGUCCAAGGUCACUCGGGCCUUGGUGGCGGCGCGGUCAUUCGUCCAGGGACUGACCGUCAGUGGAGAAGUGGUCCGCAAAGUCUCCCAGGUACCUCUCAGCCCAGAGUGUACCCGUGCCAUGAUGAAGCUGGUGUACUGUCCUCACUGUCGAGGCCUGGCCUCAGUCAAGCCAUGUGCCAACUACUGCAGAAACGUCAUGAAGGGAUGCCUCGCCAACCAGGCCGACCUCGACACCGAGUGGCAGAACCUCAUCGACACCAUGCUGCAGGUGGCAUCUAGUUUCAGUUCUGACCCCAGUGUGGACGCGGUCAUCUAUUCCAUCCCCCUCCGUAUCUCAGACGCCAUCCUCUACAUGCAGGAGAACACAGAGGUCUUCACCAGCAAGGUGUUACAGGCCUGUGGGACCCCCAAGGUGGCAGGCACACAAAGUUCAGGGUCUGAGGAGAGAAAGAAGAGAGUUAACCCCGCCAGCACCGUAAUGGAGUACAAACCCAGCCCCACCGCAGGGGUCCGGCUGGAGAUGCAGAUAUCUGAUGUGUCCAGUAAGCUGCGGGAGAUGCAGCAGUACUGGGUCCAGCUGCCAGCUGCUCUGUGCAGUAGUAAAGUGGCAGCAGGAGCAGCUAAUGAUGACAAGUGCUGGAAUGGCAUGACCAAGGCCAGGUAUCUUCUUGAGGUAAUGGGCGACGGCCUGGCCAGCCAGAUCAACAACCCAGAAGUGGACAUCGACAUCACCAAGCCAGACAUGACUAUCCGCCAGCAGAUCAUGCAGUUGAAGAUCAUGACCAACCGGCUGAGGAACGCCCUCAACGGCAAUGACGUGGACUUCCAGGAUGCCAGUGAUGACGUCAGUGGUUCAGGAAGUGGAAUGUGUACAGGCGAGUCGUGUGCCCGUAAUGGACCUCGUGUCAUUGUGCCCAAAGCAGACAGCACCAGAUACUACAUUCAUCCUGAGAACAAGAAGGUGAAGGGCACAGGAACCCAGACCCACCCCUCCAUCCUCCUCCUCCUGCUCCUGCUCUCAUUGGCCACACUGCUGCGCAGGCGAUAAUGGGCCGGUGGUGCAUCCAGUCGAGACUCUGUUUUGGAGUAGGGCUCUGAGAUGGAAUAGAAGAGAGAAAAAAGGGGGAUGGGUGGGUAACUUUGCCAAAUAGGAAAGGAUUGUUAUUGAAUGAAUGGACUACCUUUCAUUUUAAUGAGAGAAACACAAAGAAAUGUCCUAAUCAUUUUUUCUUGUUUUGAUUUUUUUUUAAAUGUGGCAAGUAGAGCUGGUCUUUGGCUUAUUUUUCUUGUUUCUAUGCUUGGGUGGUGAACAAGGAUGGUUCACAUGCUAGAUGCAAUGUUUGGAUGGCACAAGCUUCUUAGCGAUCAUGCCACUCAAUGUAAAGUCAAUGUGACCUUGUUGCAAUGUUCUAACAAUGCCAAUAACUUGACAGUGAUGUUGUGAGAGCACUGUGAGAGACGGUUUGGUGUGUAUCUUUCAGUGUGCUAAUCCAAUGCAUUUGUUUUUCAUAUCAAUCACAGUGACAGGGAAUUUGGAUCUCUCAAGUAUAUUAAAUCAAAAAGAAUGGUUUCUUGUACUUGUAAUAUACUUGCAUCAAUAGCACAUUAACACAGCACCAUUGACAAACUUCACUUGAGAGGGCAUCUGUGAAAGCAGUAUAACUAUAUACCUGACCUCUACUGAAGGACUGUAGAAAACCACUUUUGUCAGACUAGGCCUAUAAGCCUCUCGCUGGGCCUGAUAUUUUCAUUUAUCCAUCUGGUCUUAAAACUUGUAAAAACCACCAUUCUGUUAGCAGUCAGGUGAUAAUGCAUAGUUCACUUAGCCAGAAACACACAGCAUUGACACAUGCCGAACGAAGCCCAACACACACAUGCAGAUCUUUUCACCAAUCUUUUUUUCAGAACAAUUUCAAUCAUAGUGUACCAGUUGUGGCAUGAUGACGGAGACCUUGGUUAGUAUUGUUCACUCAACACAUCCUAGCGACCUGUCCAAAAAAAACAAGACGGGUCCACCUUUUUGUACAUAUUUUCUACGUCUUAUAAUAUAAUGUAAUCUAUGGUCAUUAACCCAAGCUUAGGGGUCUGAACCUUCCCCACCUGCCAUCUACACAGUUGACUACAGCUGGAUGUGGAGUGGGAAUGCCUUGACUAAAACGCAGUCACAUGUUCUCCAAACAUUGCUGCAAUGUGAGAUUGUAAUGAGAUUGUAAUAAGGUGUAGUCAGUGAUCUAAGUGCAUUGUUGGAGCUGGCUCAUGUCCCCCCCCCCCUGUCACACACAGGAGGACCAUUUCAAAGUGUCUGUGUGUGUACAGUUACAAGUCUCAGAGCAGAGAAUACAUCUGAUGUAGUGGCAAAUUGUGUAUGUAUGGCCAAUGGUGAUUACAUGUUCAUAUGUUGGGGUUGAGUCAUUUAAGACAUCCAGACAGUAUGUGGGGAUGUUAGAAUGGGGAAGAUCUGGUGACACAGUGUCCUUUAAUGUAACGCAGUGUAGGUGUCAAUGUACUGGUGUACGGUGUGUAAGUGUGUGAAUGCUUGUCUUUGACUUUGUGUAAAACUGUGUGUGUGACUGUUUGACUGACUGCAUAUAGGCACAGUAUGAAUGGAUGCAUGUCAAAUGCAUGCUUUAAGACUGUGAAUACAGCAUCUGAUUUCCCAGGAAAGAAGCAUUGAAAAUAGAGCUAAAUGAAACGGAAACAAUAGACUGAGAGCAUGAAUACGGCUUUCCAGUCUUGUUUACCAUCCCCUAAAUUUGCACUGCACCUGGUUUCUCCUUCAACACAGGCCCAUGAGACUGCAUGUUUCUUCCUUAACCUGCUUUUCAUAUGGUACCCAGGCACAUUCAGUAGAGAGAUAUUGUGUUCUUAAUUUCCCUUACUUUAAUUGAGGUGGGAAGAAGAUCAACACAACACAGGCCCAUUCCCUGUUACCUGCAGAUUCUUCUAGCUCUUAAUUUAAACUCUUUGUGCUGUAAACCUAACACUGGGCUCCUCAGUGCAGAUACCGGGGCCAACGCAUGCUGAGCAAUCGAUGAGCAGGCCCUCUCUCAAUGCACAGAGAAUCAGCACAAUGGAAAAUCAAUGGGUGAGAAGAGCCAUGUUGAAGUGCUGAUUGAUUUGGAUACAGAUACAGACUGGCUGAUUACCAUACGUGUAUGGUGCAGAUCUGGGUACAAACACGUGUAUUUGAGUAAUUGUUAUUUAAAUACUUUUUCUGUAUAUUUGAGUAUUUUCAAAUACACAGCCCAAAAUAAUUACUUUUGAGUAUUUGAAUGAUUAUUUGUAAAAACCAAAUAGUUGACCAAAUUGCAUUUGAAAGUAUUUUCCAAAUACUUAUUUAAAAUAAUAUUUGAAAUACCUAUGUUAAAGGCAUGGGAGUGUAUUCGAGCCAUGUAUUUGAGUAUUUUCAAAUACUUUCCAAGUAUAUUUCUAAAUACAUUCCAAUAAUCAACGACUGUUUUUUAUUUUUUAUAAUUUUGUCUGAAUACUUUUUUUGAAAUGUAUUGAAAAGUAAUCAAAAUACCUGAAAUAGUAUUUGAACCCAGGUCUGGUGUGAGUGUGUUUUUAUGUGUCAGGGUGUGAAUGAGUUUAUGUAUUUGGAAUAAAUGGAUGAAAAGAAAAACAGGGGCCCCAAGUAUUUUGUGAAUACGCUUAAUUGUCCAACUACCGUGGGAGGCAUAAGUACAAUGUGACAAUUUGAAAAAGUGUCCAAGUUAUGAAAAAUAAAAAAAAUACAUUUGCAACAAUGCCGAGGUGAAAAUAUGUCAACGCCCUGUCGUUUUUCCCCUAGAUUGUGUCAGUUAUUAUAAACGUGAUGACAAAGA